AUGGAUAGGUGUACCAUUAGGUGCACCAGUGUAGCUGUUACCAAAUCUGCUUGCAGACUUCUUGUGGUAAAUCUGAUAUUGAAAUUAAAGGGGGGUACCGGCAGAGCCGGAGAAUCCCCUCCUCCUCCUGUAUCUGCAGGACGAGGCUGCUCCUCGUAUUCUGGGGGGAGCAACCUAACAGCUGUAGGCGGCGACGAUAUUCGCCAUACGUCACGCCAAAACCUAAGUCCAAAUUGUUCUCGCCGGGGCGGAAAGUGGGCAUCGGAAUGCCGUUUUGCGACUUUGAAUGUUAGAGGAGGAAUGAAUGAGAAACUGGAUGAAAUUUACGAGUUAAUGAAUGAAAGAAAAUUAGAUGUGCUGUGUGUGAAUGAGACAAAACGUAAAGGGAAAGAGAUACUGACGCGCGGCCCGUUCACAGAAAUAUGGUCGGGAGUUCCAGAUGAAGAACAUGGCAGUAAAGGCGUCGGUAUACUUCUUUCAGAGCAAAUGUCAGAAUGCAUGCGAGAGUAUGAGUGCGUAAGUCCCCGCCUUAUCUGGGUCCGAUUGAAAGUAGGUCUGACACCUCUAUUUUUGGUAGGUGUAUACGCUCCGGACUCUUCCCAUAGUAAGGCGGCAAGAGAAGAAUUUUGGGAACAAACGAGAGAGGUUUUGUUAUUGCGUAAGUUGAAUGAACGUAUUGUCAUGCUUGGAGAUUUCAAUGCAAGGGUUGGAGUGAAGCGUGAUGGGUAUGAAAAUGUGCUUGGGACGUUUGGGGAUAUGAGUGUGAAUGACAACGGCGUAUACUUGUUAGAUAUAUGUGUGGAGAUGGGUCUGUCUGUGAUGAAUACGUGGUUUCAGCAUAAGAUGAUACAUAUGUACACGUGGCAAAAGAAGGAAGGCAAUGUUGUGUUAAGGAGUAUGAUAGAUCUUGUGAUAGUCGAUGAAAGAAUAAAAAUGAAAGUAGUGGAUACUAGAGCCUAUCGUGGACCAGAUGUCGGCACAGAUCACUAUUUGGUAAUUAGCAGAAUAAGUGAUUUGUUUAAGCGCUGGCGGCAUAGAUCAAAAGGGUCAACUACUGAAUUAGAUCGUAUAAAAGUGGAAAGAUUGAAAGAUCAUCAAGUAAAAGAGAUGUAUAAAAAGCAAUUGAGUGAACGGCUAGAAAAAAGCUGGAGUGAUGUUAAUGAGGAAAGUGUGAAUGAUGUAUGGUCGGUAUUUAAAACCAACAUUAUUAAAUGUGCUGAUGAUGUAUGCGGUGUGAGUAAAAGAAGGCGCAAGAAAUGCCAAAAUGCCGACUGGUGGGAUGAUGAAACUAGAAGAAUGGUUGAGGAAAAGAAAAAAGCAUGGCUGGAUGUCUUGGCAAUAGAAGCAACAAAUAGAGCGAGUGGCGGUAUGAAUGAAGAUAAUGUUAAAGAAAUCAAGGACAAAUAUAGAUGCGUGAAAGCGAAAGUUAAAGAAUGUAUAGAGAAGAAAAGGAAUGAGAAAAAGGUGAAAUAUAAGGAACAAUUCGGCGCAAGUUUCCGAGAUAAUAUAAAACUGUUUUGGAAACUCGUGAAAGAAGCGCGGGGAACAAAUAUAAAUUCAUCUAUGAAACUGAUUAGGAAUGAACAAGGUGAGGUCAUACAUGAAGAAAGUAUGAUACUAGAGUGCUGGAAGAAUUAUUUUGAGAACUUAUACGAGAAAGAUGUAAGUGAAAAAGAGCAGGAAGAGAUAAUAGAUAUGUUUGUGGACCCGAGUGAUGAAAUAGGUUUGGAUGAAAUUAUGAAAGCGUUAAGAGGUAUGAGGUCGGGAAAGUCUGCUGGGUAUGAUCGAGUGACGACUGAAAUGUUGAAGGCUGGCGAUGGACUAAUAGCGUGGACUUGA